GGUGGUGGCCCGCCCGGCAGAGGAGACUGCUGUGCGCACCCGGAUGCGGGCACAGGUGCGGCGCCCAGGGCAGGGCUGGUCUCCCAGGCGACCAGGGCGGCCAGGCAUCCGUCGGGUCUCCCGGCGGGACACCCACAGGCCGGACGGUGCAGAGAGGAGGCGGCGCAGGCAUGGCGCGCUCACUGCGGUCCGUGGUCCUGCUGGCCUUGCUGGCGGGGCUGCCGGCGGCCAGGGACCCCCAGGAACCGGACGUGUUCUGUGGAGCAUGCAGGGCUCUGAUGGACGAAGUGGAGUACGCCGUCACCAAGGCUCGGCAGGAGAAGACCAAGGUGGGCUCCUUCCGAAUAAAUCCUGAUGGGACGCAGGAGAGGAGAAAGGUAGCGGAAAAGAAAUUAUGUCCCCGUGUAUAAUUGCGGGUGCGGGCAAUUACCAGCCAUUUAUCCAAACAGCAGUUGGUCUUAAUCUUCUAACCUUUCUCUUGUUCAGGGUAUCAGCUCUAAAUUGCUUCUGAGUCCUGAGGGACCCAAAGUAAUCUUUAAGCUUGAAAUUGAAGUCUCUCUCCCAGCACCUAAAUUUUGUGUCUUGUCAAGUCGGAAGGCGUUUCCGCACUAUUGUGCAUCAGGAUAAAAAUAGCGCUUCCACGGUUCUUGGGCGAGGCCUGCAGGGGACCCAGAGUGGCUGCGGGGGCUGCCUAGGGACCUCAGAGGCUGAGCGCCUCCCCCCGGCUCUCCACCCCUGCCGCCAAGAUCCGCAGAGGAU